UUCAGUCCUUUUUUUAGUACCUAGAAGCAAUAAUUUACAGGCCACCAGAAUGAGCCGGACCACUUUCUUUGAGGUGGUGAUCUUUGAUGCCAAGACAAGGGAGCAGCUUUGUUUUUUAGAUAAGGUGGAUCCUCACUCAACAAUAGGAGACAUAAAGAACCUCCUUUACAAAUCAUAUCCUCACUGGUAUCCAGCAAGACAGGCACUGAGACUUGAUCCCAAAGGAAAACCCCUCAGAGAUGAUGAGAUCCUGCAGAGUCUACCUGUUGGCACCACCGCUACCAUGUAUUUUAAAGAUCUCGGCCCACAGUUAGGUUGGACUACGGUGUUUUUUGCAGAGUACAUUGGGCCCCUUCUCACCUAUUUCCUCUUCUAUUUCCGAGUGCCGUACAUUUACUCUCACAGAUAUGCCUUCACCUCCAGCCCCCAUCCUGUUGUCUCACUGGCCUGUGUCUGUCAUACUUUCCACUAUGUGAAGAGGUUGAUAGAGACUAUCUUUGUGCAUCGUUUCUCUCAUGGAACUAUGCCUCUCAGAACAAUUGUCAAGAAUUGUGCCUAUUACUGGGGUUUCUCAGCAUGGUUGGCCUACCAUAUCAACCACCCUCUUUAUACACCUCCAUCAUAUGGAGAAUUGCAAGUCAACUAUGCAGUAGUUCUAUUUAUGAUCUGUGAAAUGGGAAACUUCUCCAUUAAUUUGAGUCUGAGUAACAUCAGAGUAGAUGGAUCCAGAGGCAGAAGGUUUCCUGUACCAACUAAGAACCCAUUUACAUGGUUGUUUUUCUUUGUAUCCUGUCCAAAUUACACAUACGAGGUUGGAGCUUGGGUGAGCUUUUCCAUUAUGACCCAGUGUCUGCCAGUUGCAGUAUACACACUACUGGGGUUCAUUCAGAUGAGCAUCUGGGCCAAAGGCAAACACAAAGCAUAUGUCAGAGAGUUUAAAGACUAUCCUAGAGCGAGGGGGACCAUUAUCCCACUGAUUCUAUGACAAUGACUAAAGCAUGAACUGUUGCAGCAUGUAAGGGGACAAGCACUAUGCAAUCUUGUUUCUUUUUUAUGAAUAAAUUAACUGAAACAGCUAGGAAUAGAGCAAUAAUGUGAUGAAGUACUGUAUCUGAGCCUAUAGAAACUACAGGGAACAUUUAAUUUUCGGGUUGCUUUUCAGUGGUGGGUUUAACUCUAUCAUUAUAACUAUGUAAUUUAAGUAAUUAGCAGCAUUUGAAAUCAUUCUCAAUAUUAUCUAUGCUUUGUUACCAUCUGAAGUUUCAUUUUUCGUUUUUAAUAUAACUUGUCUAAAGGCUGGAAGAUGUAUUUUAGAAACCUAUAUUCAAACCAGCAAGCAGCUUCCUCCCAUUUUCCUGAGAACUUGGCAAUUGCUUGUAUUCACAUGAAGUCGCAGCCACCUCAGCAGUGCUGCGCAUCAGGAAGUGGGGGUCACCAUAGCUCAUUGUAGACCAGAAUGUGUGUGAACAGGUUCUUGAGUUUGUAUUGUCUUCGGCUUUUCCAAUGGAUCAAAUCAUGACACUUAUUUAGGUUACUUCAGGGUUUCCCAUGAAGGCAUAAGAAAAGGGAAAGAAAAAUGCUGUCAUCAUUGUGUUAAAGACAACCACUUUACUUCAGCUGGCCAGGGUCCUUCUCCCUUAGCUUCUGCUGUGUUCUGAAGCUUUUUUAUAGAAUAUGCUUUAAAAAGAUGUGUAAUGGAAUAAAUAAACAAUCUUGAAUAAUGCAAAUCUCAAUGUGACUAACCAUACUCAGAUACAUUGUGUUUAACAUAGGAGUGUAUAAAAAUUAGUUUACUAGAACAAACCUUCAUAACAGUAUGAAUGCUUAAUGAAACCCUAAUGCACCAUGUAAAAAAAAAUCUGUCUAUCUCUCUAUCUAUGGUUUGUCCUAGUAGACUAAUGUUUCAAUGAGUGUACU